CGCCGGCCCCGGCCGCCCAGACCAUGCGGCCCCACGGUGACAUCAUCGCCCACGGUGACAUCAUCGUUCCUGGUGGCAUCUUCCAUGGUGACAUCAUCUUCCACGGUGACAUCUGCUGUGAUGGCAUCUCCCAUGGUGACAGCUCCCAUGAUGACUUCACCUCUAGUGGCUUCUGCCAUGGUGGCAUCUCCCACAAGGUCCUCUUCUGUGGUGGCAUCUCCCACAGUGGCAUCAUCACCUGCAGUGGCAUCUCCCACAGUGACAGCUUCUCCCACAGUGACAUCUCCCACAGUGACAUUUCCCGUGGUGGUAUCUCCCACAGUGACUUUACCCAUGGCGGCAUGUCCCACAGUGGUGGCAUCUCCCAUGGUGGCAUCUCCCAUAGUGGCAUCUCUGACAGCGACUCCUCUUGUGGUGCCAUCUCCCAUGAUGGCAUCUUCCGUGACGGCGUCUCUCACAGUCGUGGCAUCUCCCAUGGUGGUGGCUUCUCCUACAACAUUAUCUCCCAUAGUGCUACCUUGCAAGGUGGCGUCUCCUAUGAUGACAUUACCCUUGAUGGUAUCUCCUAUGAUGGCAUCUCCCGCGACAACGUUUCCCAUGGUGGCACCUCCCAUGGAGAUGGUCUCUCCCGUGACAGCAUCUCCCACGGUGGUGGCACCUCCCAUGGUGGUGGCACCUCCCGCGGCUUCCUCCUCCGCCUCUCCAACCACCCCCGGUGGCCCUACCACCUUCUUCUCCUCUUCCUCCUCCUCUUCCACCCACCACCCCCUUCGCAGGGGGCCACCUUCAAGGUGGGGGUGAUGGGUCCCUGGAGCUGUGACCCCCUCCUGGCCCGGGCCCUGCCCGACGUGGCCUCCCGCCUGGCCGUGGCCCGGCUCAACCGGGACCCGACGCUCAACGAGGGCUACUGGUGGGACGUGGUGGUGCUGCCAGAGGCGUGUGGGACCCCCCAGGCCGUGGCAGGGCUGCUCAGUGCUGAGCGCUACACCACGGGGCUGGUGGGACCCCUCAACCCGGGGGCGUGCGGGGCCGCGGGGCUCCUGGCCGCCGCCUGGAACAAGCCCUUGGUGUCCUGGGGGUGCCUGGGCGAAGCGGACGGGUGGCCCACCCUGGCACUGCCACUGCCAGCCCCGGCUGGGCUGCUUCACGCCAUCCUGCGCUUCUUCCGCUGGGCCCACGGGCUCCCCGUCACCGUGGUUACCGCUGCAGGCCCCCACAAGGACGAGGCUCGUGACGCCCUGCGGCGGGUGCAGCAGGCCGACGGCGUCAGAGUGGUGGUGCUGUGCAUGCACUCGGCGCUGCUGGGCGGCGAGGAGCAGCGGGUGCUCCUGGAGAAGGCGGAGGACAUGCGCAUGACCGAUGGCACCUACGUCUUCAUCCCCUACGACGCCCUCACCUUCCCCCUGCCCUACCACCGCGUGCCCUACCCCAUCCUGGCCAACAACACCAAGCUCCGCCUGGCCUAUGAUGCCGUCCUCACCAUCACCAUCGACUCGCCCGAAGUUGGCUUCCACGAGGCCCUGCGCGAAGCCCAGGAGGCCUACGAGAUCCCUGCCCACAUCGACCCCACCCAGGUCCACCCGCUCUUCGCCACCCUCUACAACUCCAUCUUCUUCCUGGCCAAGGCGGUGGAGGCCGCACGGCGCGCCGGGCGCUGGGUGAUGGGCACCAGCGUGGCCGAGCAUGCCCGGGACUUCAGCCUGGAGGGCUUCUGCCAGCCGCUGGCCGUGGACGAGGGCGGGGGGCAACGGAUGUGGCCUGUCUAUGGGCGGGAGCCGGGCCCCCGGGGGCUGCGCUCCCUGGGCCACGGCAUCCACUGGCCCCGCGGCGCCGGCCCCAGCACCGACCCCAGCUGCUGGUUUGACUCGGGUGCCAUCUGCAACGGGGGGGUGGACGCCACCUUCGUCCUCCUCAUGUUUGUCCUCGUCUCUGCACUCAUCAUGGCGGGGGCUGCUCUUGCCUGCUACAUCAGGCGCCGCAUCCAGCAGGCCCAGCUGAUGAAGGGGCCCAACAAGAUCAUCCUUACCAUGGAGGACCUGACGUUCAUCAACACCCAGAGCAGCAAGCGGGUGGAUGAGAGCCACGCCAGCCUGGCCAGCCGCAGCGGCACUGACGCCAAGAGCCUCCGGAGCGUGACCGCCGGUCCCGAGUCCCCCAACGUGGCCAUCGCCGAGGGGAUGAGCCCGUGUCCCUCCCAAGCCCGCCGCGUCCCCACUCUGGGGUACCCUCAGGCCCUGGCUCAGCCUGUCCCCGUCCAUCCCCCACAGGGCGACUGGGUCUGGCUGAAGAAGUUCCCUGGAGACCAGCACAGCGAGGUGAAGCCGGCCACCAAGUUGGCCUUCUGCAAGCUGCGGGACUUGCGCCAUGAGAACGUCAACCUCUUCCUGGGCUUUUUCCACGACUGUGGCAUCUUCGCCAUCGUCUCGGAGCACUGCUCCCGGGGCAGCCUCGAGGACCUGCUCCGCAACGAGGACAUGAAGCUCGACUGGAUGUUCAAGUCCUCCCUCCUCCUUGACCUCAUCAAGGUGAUGGCGGCGCCUGGGUUGCCAGGACGUGGGGGUGGCCAUGGUGGUGAUCGUGGUGGAGGUGGUGGCCGUAGUGGAAAUCCUGAUGGCCUGAGUGAUGGUGGUGAUGAUUGUGGUGGCCUUGGUGGUGGUGGUAGCCAUGGUGGUAGUGGUGGCCAUGGUGGUGACAAUGGUGGUGAUCAUGGUGUCUGUCGUGGUGGUGGUGCCUGUGGUGGUGACAGUGGCAGUGAUGAUGAUGGUCUGAGUAGUGGUGGUGGCUUUGACAGUGAUCUUGGUGGCUGUGUUGGUGGCCGUACUGGUGAUCAUGGUGGCUGUGGUGGUGUUGGUGGCCAUGGGGGUGGCCGUGGUGGUACUAGUGGCCAGGCAGUGGCCAUGGUGGUGGCCAUGGUGAUGAUCACGGUGGUUGUGGCGGUGGCCUGGCCAUCCCCCCCAACUGCCCCCGUGCCUCGGGUUCCCCCAGAGAUCAUCCAGAAGGUGGAGAAGCCGCCGCCACUGUGCCGGCCCUCGGUGUCGUUGGACCAGGCGCCCCUCGAGUGCAUCCAGCUGAUGAAGCAGUGCUGGAGCGAGCAGCCCGAGCGGCGUCCCACCAUGGACCAGAUCUUCGACCAGUUCAAGAACAUCAACAAGGGCCGGAAGACAAACAUUAUCGACUCCAUGCUGCGCAUGCUGGAGCAGUACUCCAGCAACCUGGAGGACCUCAUCCGAGAACGCACUGAGGAGCUGGAGAUCGAGAAGCAGAAGACUGACAAGCUCCUCACCCAGAUGCUGCCCCCGUCAGUGGCUGAGGCGCUGAAGAUGGGCACCCCUGUGGAGCCCGAGUACUUCGAGGAGGUGACGCUCUACUUCAGCGACAUCGUGGGCUUCACCACCAUCUCGGCCAUGAGUGAACCCAUCGAGGUGGUCGACCUCCUCAACGACCUCUACACCCUCUUUGAUGCCAUCAUCGGUGCUCAUGAUGUCUACAAGGUGGAGACCAUCGGGGACGCCUACAUGGUGGCCUCGGGGCUGCCCAAGCGCAACGGGAACCGCCACGCCGGUGAGAUUGCCAACAUGUCGCUCGACAUCCUCAGCUCCGUCGGCACCUUCAAGAUGCGCCACAUGCCCGAGGUGCCUGUGCGCAUCCGCAUCGGCCUCCACUCCGCAUACCGCAUCCACGUGAACGUCCGCACCGUCACCAUCCUCCACGCGCUCAAGGAGGGCUUCAAGGUCGACAUCCGGGGCAAGACGGAGCUCAAGGGCAAAGGCGUGGAGGACACGUACUGGCUCGUGGGCCGGGAGGGCUUCAAUAAGCCCAUCCCCACCCCUCCCGACCUGCUGCCCGGCGCCAGCAACCACGGCAUCAGCCUGGACGAGAUCCCGCCCGAGCGGCGCCGCAAGCUGGAGAAGGCCCGGCCGGGGCAGGUGCCCAAAUAGCCACGGGCUGAGGGGCCAGCUAGAGCUGCCAGGGUUUGGAGUCCUCCAGACCAUAGAGACCUGUCCCCAGGGUGACCUCCAUAGAGCCACUCUGUGCCUGUGUGCAGCCGUUUUCUAUGGUCAUAGAGCACUUCUCCAGCACCAAGGGCUUGGAGUCUUCCAGACCACAGAGGUGGAGCUAGAGGGGCCCCUUCCCCGGAGCCGCUCUGCACUACCAUGGAGCCCUGCUUGGCGGUCCCCCCUCCGUGAGCAUAGAGACUGCCGAGCUGCAGCUAGAGCAACCCCUCCAGAGAGCCAUUCUGCACCGCCAUGGCGCCCUGCUCUAUGGUCUUCUCCUUCCCGGAUCCCCUGCGACCAUAGAGCCCUGUGCCCAGAGCGGUGCCCCAGCGCAUGCCCCGGGGCAUUGUGGGACUUCAGCCAACGAGCCUGGUGCAUCAUGGGACACUGGCUGACUUCUGGACUGCUGCGGCUGCUGACUCCAGGGCAUGAUGGGAGCCGGGUCGGCCCAGGCCCGCCCUUUGCCUCCCACCAGGAGCAUCAUGGGAAGGAGGUCCUGGGCUCAGGGGCAUGAUGGGACAUGGGGGCCUCCAGCCCCUCCCCCAAGGGAAAAAAAAAAAUUCUGGCAGUCAAAAAUUCCCCCCUUAAAGGGAUUUUCCUCCUUUUAAAGGGGCAGA